CGCGUCCGCACCCAGCGGCGGCUGGAAGGUCCCCCGCGGCCCUGGUGACCCCAGAGCCGCCAGAACCCAGACCGAAUCCGGGCCUUCAAUGCACAUCCGGGGCGUUUGUUUUUGGUUUUUUUUGGCACCGCGCGUAGCUUGGCCUCCAGCAGGACGCAGACGUGGGGUCUCCCAGCUCCCCACCCAGUGCUUCCAGAAUCAGCUCGGAGCCUCGGGUCCGAGCGGAAGGCUGCUUCCGGCACCACGCAAGCAGAGAACGGUCCCCAGCCAAAGCCUGUGGCAGCUCGCGGCUUCCACACCGGGCGGCCCCGCAACCCCGAAAAGCCAAGGCCCGCCCGCCGCCGCCCCCACGCCGGCCCCUCAUAGGCCACCGGGAACGUCCGUUGUGAGCGGAGCUUUGCGCAGGCGCGCUAAAGCAUCGGGACAGGGCUGGGUGCUGGCGACGCCGAGGUGUCCGAACGGUCCGAGAUGGCAGAAGUAGAGGAAACACUGAAACGACUUCAGAGCCAAAAGGGAGUGCAGGGCAUCAUCGUGGUGAACACAGAAGGCAUUCCCAUCAAAAGCACCAUGGACAAUCCCACCACCACACAAUAUGCCAACCUUAUGCACAACUUCAUCUUAAAGGCUCGGAGCACUGUGCGUGAAAUUGACCCACAGAAUGAUCUCACCUUCCUUCGAAUUCGCUCCAAGAAAAAUGAAAUUAUGGUUGCACCAGAUAAAGACUAUUUCCUGAUUGUGAUUCAGAAUCCAACUGAAUAAGCCACAUUUCUUGGCUCCUGUUCAUUCCUUAAUUUAAUGCUCACCCCCACACCCCAAGAAUAAAGCGUUAAUCAUGUCAACAGAUUGGCACAUGGAAAUCACCUUCAAGCCCAUUCAGACCAGCCCAGGACCGUGCGUGGGCUGCAGUCCACCCGUUACACCGUGACCUACCUUUGCUGCCAGUCACCCCUGAGCUCCUGGGAGGGUCCUCUCUGCUCAUGUUCAGGUUUAACUAAAAAUAAUCAAAAUGCUUA